GCCUGUGUAAUACUUGGUACCCACACACGUCCAACUGUUUUAUUUCGUUUAACUACCCAGGGUUGAUACAUGUAAGCCGUUCCACGCCUGGCUUUGAGAUAGGAUCUGUCUGCAGUGCCGGUGUAUUAUUAGCCACUAAAUCAUGUUGUGCACCUGGUGGUGAUGUUCAUCUGUCUGCAGAGUACAUCUACAUGAUUAAUUUGAGCUGAAAUAAAUCCCUUUCCUCCAAGGAUAUUUUGUUGGUCGCGUCCAUGUUUCCGUCGCUGGAACUAACGAACAUUUCCCCGGUAUAUUGAUCAACUUGUUGUCGCUUAUUGUUAUGAAUCUAUUAAACACACUCAGGAUUGAGAUCAGAGUAGAAAUGCACGUGUAUUCGUCUUCAAAACUCUAACACAUUACAUUGUUUACAAGCGCGGCGUAACCCCCAAUGGCAAUACAGCGGCUGAGUAGUUGAUCGGGAGCGGGCAGAAGUAGGCAAGGCGCCUUUCAUUGUCAAAUACCUGGCGUCUUUAGCGAGAAGUUUUUCAUGUUAUAAAGAAGAGGAAACGUUAUCAAAAGCGGACCACAAAAACUUGAGCAAACUUAAGGAAGGCCUAUGUAAGCUGUCUGAGCCAGUAUACAACUUGGAAAAAAUACAUUGGAACAAUUAUAGUGAAAAAUAAUCAGGGCGAAAGUGAGCCAAAGAAUUGCAAGACAGAGGGGUCAUAUAGAAGUCAAGAAUUCACAGUAAUGGCGAAACACAUCACUGCACAGAACAGCGGUCAACGAACGGUCGUGGUGGCCAUAGACGAAAGCGAACAUGCCGAGUAUGCAUUCGACUUCUAUAUAGAGAACGUGAGAAGGGCUCAGGACACUGUUGUACUGGUGACCGUCCCGGAGUACCACAGUAUCUUCAAUGGCUCGAUAUUGUUUACGGACCCCGCUACAGUGGCUGUUUUGGUGAAGGAGGAAGAGAAGCGAAUACAGCAAAUUCUACAAAAAUAUACAAGGAAAAUGCGGGACGCUAAUAUUGGCGGGAAACUCCGUGAAGACGUCGGUAAGGCAGGGGAGACAAUUCUGUCUGUUGCACAAGAGGAAAAUGCCAGCUUGAUCGUGGUGGGUUCCCGGGGGAUCGGGAAGAUUAGACGGACGAUCCUGGGGAGUGUCAGUGACUACUGCCUGCACCAUUCCACUGUGCCGGUCCUCAUCUGCCGGAUGGAAGUCUGACGAUUACAAUAAUUGUAUUAUUGACAAUGUGCAUGUUGAUCUGUGAACGAGUGGUCACUCCGCAGAUAAUACUCUGUAGGGGAUAAUUUACUGUCAACAAAGAACGUGACUGCUUGUGAUUGUAUGAUAUCGUGUAUUUUAUUACCGAUGGGACCAUGUUUAGCAAGCUGUUAUAUGUAUAUGUAAAACAUGACGGGUAUAGCCUAAACAGUUUUAUCAGAAGGUUCCGAUGGCACUUCAACUUGCCGAAAAAUCCCCACAAGGAAUAUUUUUUGGAUUUGUUUUACCAAAAGCAAUUAUUUUAUAUGUAGAACUAUUCAUUAUGUAUAUAAACAAUGAGUUUUG